AUGCCAGCAUCUUUGCCAACUCUGGCAUUGAAGUCACCACACCGUACCCUUCACGGCUCCACCCACAACGUACCCUUCACGGCUCCACCCACAACGUACCCUUCACGGUGCCACCCACACCGUACCCUUCACGGCUCCACCCACACCGUACCCUCCACAGCUCCACCCACACCGUACCUUCGGCUCCACCCACACCGUACCCUUCACGGUUCCACCCACACCGUUACCCUUCACGCUCCACCCACGCCGUACCCUUCACGGUGCCACCCACACGUACCCUUCACGGCUCCACCCACACCCGUACCCUUCACGGCUCACCCACACCGUACCCUCCACGGCUCCACCCACACCGUACCCUUCACGGCUCCACCCACACAGUACCCUUCAUGGUUCCACCCACGCCGUACCUGUCACGGCUCCACCCACACCGUACCCUUCACGGCUCCACCCACACCGUACCUUCGGCUCCACCCACGCCGUACCCUUCACGGUGCCACCCACCCGUACCCUUCACGGCUCCACCACACCGUACCCUCCACGGCUCCACCCACACCGUACCUUUCACGGUUCCACCCACGCCGUACCCUCCACGGCUCCACCCACCGUACCCUCCACAGCUCCACCCACACCGUACCCUUCACGGUUCCACCACGCCGUACCCUUCACGGCUCCACCCACACCGCCCUCCACGGCUCCACCCACCGUACCCUUCACGGUGCCACCCACUCGCCACCUCCACGGCUCCACCCACCGUACCUUCACGGUUCCACCCGCGUACCCUUCACGGCUCCACCCACACCGCUACCCUUCACUGCUCCACCCACACCGUACCUCCACGGCUCCACCCACACCGUACCUUUCACGGUUCCACCCACGCCGUACCCUCCACGGCUCCACCCACACCGUACCCUUCACGGUUCCACCCACGCCGUACCCUUCACGGCUCCACCCACACCAUACCCUCGUCUCCACCACACCGUACCCUUCACGGUUCCACCCACGCCGUUACCCUCCACGGCUCCACCCACACCGUAA